CCCGGGGACAUCUGGCCUCAAAUCUACCGCCAUAGCCGCGCCAUCCUUCCCCGAAUGUUUCAGGGCAGGCCUUGGGUUGGAGCUUUCGUUGACGCAUCUUUUGAGAACACUGUCGGGCAGGAUUUAUUCGCUAAUUCUAACCAUCAAAACGACGUUGCUGAACCACUUUCUUAUAUAUAAAUUAAUGCGGACCGGCUGAAACCCAUUCGGAGCUUAGGUGUUGACAUUGGCUUGCGUGUGGAUAGACUGGGGUUCUGAUCCAGCUUCUCAAUAGCUUGGAAGUGUCUCUUUGCAUUUGCAAACUGCUCAGCGUUCAAAUGUACAAGCUCAUCAGCAUCAUCGGCGAGUGAUCUUACGUUUGCAGCAUAUUUGAACCCGGAAGUCUGGCUGCGACGGCAAGAUGAAACCACAACCCUUAAUGAGCAUCUUCACUGGAGCUUUAGCACAGGUAGGCUCAUGGGCCACCCUCAGUAGCUUCCUCUGGUCUACGACCCAAUGGACGUCCGUGAAAGCUUCAAGCCCUUCUGUCAAUGUAGCUUUGAAAGCUUCAUUUGACUCGGCCCCCUAUUUAUUACAGCUGGUAGAGACAGCAGCGCAAGAAAAUUCUAGCUCAUAUUUCCCUCUUCUCGAUCGAAUUGCGCAAGGAUACUUUGACCAGGCCGACACAGACCAAGAUCUCUACAAUUUAUUCCUAGGAGUCCUUCGCGAUGAUGGCCACCUUCCCAGCCAAGAAUCCAUAUCCACUUUCAAGCUUUCGCUUUCAAUACACUCGGCGGCCCCUCGGAUCGAAGCUCAUUACCAAUUUUACAAUACUAGCGUGUCAAAUUCUGAACUCGAAGAAGAUUGUGCGGCAUGGCUGCUUUUCAAUGGAAAGCGCUAUUCGGAUCCUUCUCUUGCAGAGUUUCAGCAAGUAUUAAGUGGACCAGGGUUCAUACAAGAACUCCCGUUUGAUCGUAUUCUGGGAGCUCCCGAUGUACCCGCGUCCAUUCUAUACGCCGAUCCGACUUGCCCCAGCUUCAGAAAUUUCCAUAAUGUUAUUAGUAACAAAGCCAAACAAGGGCAAACCUCUUAUCGGGUCCGUUACAAACCUCGCUCGAACCAAUCGAAGAAACCUCUUUGGGUAAACAGCUACGGUGUAGAGCUUGCUCUCAAGCGCACGGAUUAUAUUGUCAUCGAUGAUCGUGCCGCCGAGAAGUCAACUUCCGGCAAUGCCAAAGAAAUCAAGUCUGGAAAAGCGGCAUUGAGUGAGGUUGAUGUAGCGGAUAUCAAACCCCUCUCCAAAACUGAGCUCGCUAGCCUUGGACUUCAAGCUGCAAGCUUUGUUAUGAGCAGCGAGGAUCAGUUUGAUACCUUGCUCAAGCUCUUGGAUGACUUCCCUCGACACGCCUCUUCAAUCUCUGCUCACAAUGCUACCUCAGAGUUCCUCGACGAAUACUACAAAAAUCGUCAGAUUUUCCUGACUGGCGGAUAUAACAUUGUUUGGAUCAACGGACUUCAAAUCGAUGCGAGACAGAUGGAUGCGUUUUCACUCUUGGAGAAUUUGCGGCGAGAAAGGGUGUAUAUAAACGGCCUUAGAGCCGCGGGGCUGACAAGCAGUGAAGGCAUAAGCCUUUUAUCGAAUCGCGCUAUUGCCGAGGCAAAGACUGGACGAGAGGUUCAAAGAUAUGACUUCAGAGACGUUCAAGAAGAUGGAAAGGUCAUCGUAUGGUUGAAUGAUAUUGAAAAAGACAAGCGUUACGACGCUUGGCCAAAGGAAUUGAGAGCCUUAUUUCAACAAACCUACCCAGGGCAAUUGCCCACCGUUAGGCGAGACAUCCAUAACCUCGUUGUGCCUAUCGACCUUUCGGAUCCUGAAGAAGUAGAUCUGGUAGUGGAAGGGCUGCAGACCUUUGUCAAACGCAAAAUUCCGAUUCGAUUUGGCAUAGUACCUUCUGUCAAGUCGGAUUCCGCUGCUGCUCAGGCCAAGGUUGUGUACCAUUUGCUUGAAAGCUACGGUCUUUCUUCUGUCUUUGAAUACCUGGAGUCCGCCCUUAAGGCCAAGGAUCUUGGAACUCCGAACAAAGCCUACUUUGAGAAUGCAAUUAAAAAUCGGAACCUCCGAGGAGAAGCCACACAACUACCAUUUGCAGAAGUCAUUCAAAAGUCUAGUCACGCAGAGCGACUGAAUGCUGCUGAAGCCUACCUGAAGAGGUUGGGCGGCGACUUAAAGCCCCUCUUCUAUAUUAAUGGCGUUGCCUUGCCUCGCAAUGAUGAGUGGUUGCAGGCUAUGAGCAUGAGGGUCAAUAUGGACAUUCGAGAACUUCAACAAGCUCUUUUUGAAGAGAAGAUCUCUGAUGAUAUCUGGGUUCCUGGAUAUUUUCUCACUAAUGCCGCAACCACUCGAAAUGCUCUGGUCAUACCAGAAGACGAAGGAGACAUUAAAAUCAUUAAUCUCAACGAGGCAUUGGAGUCACACAAGAGCACUUACGAGAGUUUGCCUCGGCUCAGUAACUGGGUAACAGCAGAGAAGUCUGAGUUUGCACACUUGAUAGCCAUAGAUGAUUUUAACACGGAGAAAGGACGGGAGUUACUGCUCGAAGCUGUAACUUUUGCAAAACGGCGCAGCGGGAUUGAGCUCGUUCUCCUUCACAAUCCGAAAGACUCGUCUCAAGGAGGCAUUACUUCUACUACAAUAGCAGAGCUGCUGGAUCAGAACAAAGAAGUAGCGACUGAGAGUAUUAAAAAUGCACUUCAAAACGCAUUCUCUGCUAUGGCUGCUUCGGGGAACGAGGACUCAGGUUCUGAGGAACCAAUAGCCUCACGGGCUCUUGUUGAAGAGCUAGGAUUCCAGCCGGGCCAAGAAGGGCUUGUGCUCAAUGGACGGGCUAUUGGACCUAUCCCUUCAUCUUCUCAAUUUUCGUCAUCCGAUUUUGAGCAGCUCCUUAAUUAUGAGCGAACAAAACGCAUACUUCCAGUCUAUCAUGGCUUGCUUGGCCUUCAUCUCGAGGAAAAGCUGACGAGUCCUCUGGUUUCAGCGAAAUUGUCUUCCUUGGUCGCUUUAUCCAGUUUGUCGGAUAUGCCUGAAAGCAUCUUUGACCGUUCGUCGCAGAUGAGAAUUGAUGGUUACAACGUUUGGGAAACAAACUACACAGCAAUCUUGGCUGGGAAUGACCCAGACGAGGCAUCAAUUCAAAUUGUCGCCGCGAUCGAUCCAGCAAGCGAAACUGCACAACGCUGGGUUCCUAUUCUUAAAGUCCUCUCGGAAUUGGACGGCGUGUAUUUGAAGCUGUUCCUGAACCCGAAAGAGAAAGUCGACGAGCUCCCCAUUAAACGCUUCUACAGGCAGGUGCUUGGUUCUGAGCCAUCCUUUAAUGACGAUGGUGCAUUGCGUGCUCCGAUGGCACAGUUCAACAGCAUCCCGGCUGAUGUGCUCUUGACCACCACCUUGGAUGUUCCGCCAUCAUGGCUCGUAGCUCCCAAGGAGUCGGUUCAUGAUCUCGACAAUAUCAAGCUCAGCUCGCUCAACGGCGGCAGCAUCGACGCCGUGUAUGAGCUUGAGCACAUCCUCAUUGAGGGUCACGCACGCGACACAACCAUCGGUCCACCUCCUCGAGGCGCACAACUGGUCCUAGGGACUGAGAAAGACCCCCAUUUUGGCGACACGAUCAUCAUGGCGAACCUGGGGUACUUUCAGUUCAAGGCAAACCCAGGAUUUUGGAAAAUUAGUCUGCAAGAAGGACGCAGCCAGCAAAUUUACCAGAUUGACACUCUCGGCACAAAAGGCUACAAUUCUGAUCCCACCACGGACUUUACUACCGAAAUCGCAUUAACCUCUUUCCGAGGUGUUACGCUCUACCCUCGUCUUUCCCGCAAGCCAGGACAAGAAACCGAAGACGUGCUUGACGAUUCACCUUCCUCCUUCCUUUCUGGCACGCCACUCGACUACGUGUCCAAAGGCAUUCAGAUGGCCGAAGGCGUGCUUUCCAAGACUCCCGUACUAAGUAACCUUUUGGGGAAGAGGGGAAGCAGCCAGCACGCAGAUAUUAACAUCUUCUCCGUCGCCAGCGGCCACCUAUACGAGCGCAUGCUCAACAUCAUGAUGGUCAGCGUGAUGAAACACACCAAGCACAGCGUCAAGUUCUGGUUCAUUGAGCAAUUCCUCUCCCCAUCUUUCAAAGACCAGCUUCCCUUCCUCGCCGCACACUACAACUUUUCCUACGAAAUGGUCACAUUCAAAUGGCCGCAUUGGCUGCGUGGCCAGCGCGAGAAGCAGCGCGAAAUCUGGGGCUACAAGAUUCUCUUCUUGGACGUCCUCUUCCCGCUUUCCCUCGACAAAGUCAUCUUCGUCGACGCCGACCAGAUUGUCCGCGCAGACAUGUAUGACCUCGUCACCCUGCCGCUCGAAAACGGCGCCCCCUACGGCUUCACGCCCAUGUGCGACUCCCGCGUUGAAAUAGAAGGCUUCCGCUUCUGGAAACAGGGUUACUGGAAGAGCUUCCUCCGCGGGAAACCAUACCACAUCUCCGCCCUCUACGUCGUUGACCUCAAGCGCUUCCGUGCCUUGGCCGCUGGCGACCGCCUCAGAGGCCAGUACCAUCAACUCUCGGCCGAUCCGGAAUCCCUUUCAAACCUGGACCAGGACUUGCCCAACCACAUGCAGUCUGUCCUGCCCAUCCAUUCCUUGCCCCAAGACUGGCUCUGGUGCGAGACGUGGUGCUCCGAUGAAUCCCUUGCCACGGCAAAGACGAUUGAUCUGUGCAACAAUCCCAUGACGAAAGAGCCAAAGCUCGACAGAGCAAGGAGACAAGUCCCCGAGUGGACAGACUUUGAUGAUGAAAUCGCACGUGUAAUUAGAGAAGGAAAAGAAGCGCAAAAAGAUGCAAACAAGCUUGACGACGCGCAGCCUGAGGAGCGGGUCAGAGAUGAGUUGUAAGAUUAGCAUAGAGGUAGAGGUGUAUGAUAAGGUUCUAUUCUCUCUUUUUUUUUUUUUUCCUUUUCGUUUCCUUGGUCUUCCAAUUUCUCCUUUUGUAUUUUGCUUGUUCCCUUUUUUUUUCUUUCUCCUGAUUAUUCUACGGCACAUCUAUGCAUGGCCGUGAGAGCCAAAAAAAAAAGGAGCAACAGAGAAUAAAAAUAUAGAUGACCGCUUUACAUUACAUGUUCAUGUCGUGUCCAUCUGAAUUUAUCCAUCCCACGCUGUCAAAUUGUCUCAAGGAACCACGAGACCAGAUGAUCGU